CUCAAAUUCUUCUCGAUCACAUAGGUUUGUUAUUGUAAUCUUACGACCAAUUGGACAACACGUGGAAAGUUUAAUUUGUUGUAAAUAUGAAAAAAAGAACAUUUAUUACCUUGAAAUGAAUUCAUUUCAGUGUUGAAUUUACAGGCAAAAAAUCUGUCGCCAUCUUUUUUUGUAAUCUUUGUACAUUAGGCCUAGAUAAAAUAUUUGAAUCAGGAUGAUAUAGAUCUACUUUUCGGUGAUCAGUCUAUUCAAGUGAUUUUGGAAGUUAGUCGAUGAGCCAUGGACAGUAACUCUGGCGAUGGAGUUGGGGACGGGAUGGGAGAGUCCUUUAUGGGGAGCCAGUUUGUCAUGGAGGGUGGUGGAGAUGGAGAGGAAUUAGGAACAACGGAAAAUGACGAUGACACCAGGGGAGAUAAUGAACCUCUCAGAGAACAGGAUCGAUUUUUACCAAUAGCAAAUGUUGCAAGAAUUAUGAAGAAGUCCAUACCUAAGACAGGCAAAAUUGCCAAAGAUGCAAAAGAAACGGUGCAGGAGUGUGUAUCAGAAUUCAUAAGUUUCAUCACCAGCGAAGCAAGUGAGCGAUGUCACCAGGAGAAAAGGAAAACAAUUAACGGGGAGGAUAUCUUGUUUGCGAUGUCUACACUGGGAUUUGAUAGCUAUGUGGAGCCGUUAAAACAGUACCUACAAAAGUACAGAGAGUCAUCCAAAGGCGACAAAGGUGGACCUUCAGUCGGUGUGGAGGGGACGAUAGACGAACUGGCGGAGGAAUCAUUCUCCCAGUCCCUGACUACUGGUCUGCUGACGAACGAACAGACAAGCUCACAAAACGUCAUCUACGCACAGUACCCUGGCACGAAUAUAACCUUUGGAUGAAUAGAUGAUCUGAAUUCCUGUGUUUGGAACAUGGAGACAGAGCUUCAGACUGCUUGUAGGAGAGGGGAAGACUUUAAUCAGAUCGUGCUGUCAUUUAGUGUUCGUUCCUGUGUUUGCGUGACUGGUCAGAUGGGGAGACUUGUGUGGUGCUAUGUCUCAAGUCAGUGGCACCGAAUGUCACCUUCUGCAGCAUUUUAUAGAAAAUUACAAACACACAUAUAUAUAUAUCAGUAACAUGUGUUUUUGUGGUCUACAAAUAAUUAAUGUUGUAAUUAAACAUGUGUGUUUUGGUGGUCUACAAAUAAUUAAUGUUGCAUUUUGUUAAAUAAAAUGGUUAUUUUAUUUUAUGCAUUACUGCACGGGCAAGUUUGUUGUCUUGUUUAAUGAUGUUUCCUGACAUUAACAAGAAAUGUAAAUCGUUUGUUAUUUUAGAACUCGAUGUGUUUAAACACAUGACAUAAAGACAUUACUGUGUCGGGUACUGCAUAAUGUACUAUCACAAAUAUAAGAUCUUCUCUGGUAAUGGUGAAAUAGGGAAACCAUGCUUCACUCUUCACCAUGUAGCAAUUAAAUUCUGAGUCAGAAGAGAAUAUUGGGGGGGGGGGGGGGGGUAUUUAUCAUGUUCAGUAAUGUACUUUGCAUCAAAUCUCGGGAUAUAUGGAAGAAAUUGUCGAUAUUGAAGUUUUAAUUGAUAGUUGUGUUUAAUUGUAAAUAAUGUUCUCUCUCCAGCCUAGAUAAGGAUCGCCUUGUACCUACACUCUUGACUGUUUAACAUGUGUAUGUUUUAUGUUGCUACAUGCACUUUGUAUUGUCAUCAAGAAAUGGAUGACUCCGGUAAUAGAUGUACAUGUAACAUAUUUAUUACGUGUAUUUGUUUAUUAGUGUCUAAUGCUAAUCUUGCUGAUUUCAGAUGUUUUAGUUUUUGCAGCUAUAUUGUAUUCAUUGUGUGCAGAUCUCCGUUAAUUUGAAGAAUUUUUGUUUUCGCUAUUGUUAAUUGCUUGACAAUAUGCUAAUAAUUAAGGCUAGUUAAUGUUUACCAGUAUAUAUGAUUUAAAUCCUACUUGAUUAAUGAUUGCAUUAUUUUAUGUUUAUUAAAGUACGAGUCCAUUUUGAAAAACAGCAUGAACUUAUACCAGUACUUCAUUUUGUCAUCAUUUUACAUUUUGAAAUAUGUCAUACACUAACUCUAUAAUUAUGUGUUAAAGCCUUUUUUUUUGGAUAUGUGCUUGGCACACAAUAAAGUACAUGUAACAAUUUUUUAAAAGAUCAUGUAAUUAAAAAUUCACAACUGAA